UUUCAAUUCAUUAAGUUUCGCUCACUCGCAGCCAUUUGAAUCAAUCCCCGAAACCCAACAUGGGAACAAAAGUCACCCUAAUAGGCUUGAAAGAAAGCAUCCCCGCACGCAGCCCAUCUUAACCACUAGCCCGAUGAGACCAGACACACAGGAGAAUACAACCUGCCUGCUUUCCCAACCCCAUUGAUCAUUUUGAAAAAGUUCGUCUGCAGCGUCUCCCAGAACUAAACCCAGCGCGGGACUACUUGAGGGGAAAUAAGGCCUUCUGUCCCGUGUCCUUGAUGUCCUAAUAGCGAUGUCCACGUACCAGGUAAGGUCCCUGGAGGAGGCGGACCAGAUCAUCAGGGAGCACGAGAGGAAGACCAAGACUACAUACGCCCUUCUGCGCUCCACCAAGAACUUCGGCUGUGUGGACGUCCCAGCGUGUGCCAACGAUGAGAACGAGGUGCGGUUUGAGACGGUGGGUGUGCCAUACUGCGGGGUGCCAUUCUUUGUGGCUGGACUCAAGAUCCUCCAGUGCCAGUCCUACAGAGUGCGAGGAGGAAGGAAAAAGAAAGAGAUAAAAAUAGAGCUGACUGGUUCUGGUGCAGGUGUGAUUGGCGAGGCGGGGGUUGGGGAUGCAGGGGGAGAGGACGACGGGGACUCGCUGCAGCCCAAGCCAAUGGUCAAGAAGAAGAAGAAGGCUGGCCGCACCCACAAGGUCAGCUGCACCGCCACCAUCAUCAUGAAGGAGGUCAUCUACUACCCAGAGUUCCAGCUCUUUGAACACUCCAAGAACAACCGCAUUGCUGUGGCGCGUCAGCUGAAGGACGCCCUUAAGUCCAAGGCACCAGUGCAGAAGGACAGGAUAAUAUAUGUGACAGUGCCAGCCAUGUCAGACCACUUUGGGCACACUGUUGGCCUGCAGCAGGGCGGCAAGCGGCUGUUUGUGAAGAAUGACUUCUACGGCCACAAUGAGCCGGGCUCCAGCAACCGAGUGUAUUACCCAGUGAAGCAGGAGAAGCUCAACGUUGCUCAGCUGGCCCGCCGCAUGAAAGUGGAUGAGGACGACACAGAGGCUCGAGCCAGGGAAGUGAGGGAGAUUCUACAGAGUAUCAUGGGCCUCACUUAUAAGCAACCAGGAACAACGGAGGCAUACCGGGAGCUGCACAAAGACCUGAGCCAAGCCAGACUGAAGUACCAGCAGACCAUGGACACGCUACUUGGCGGAACACCCGUCGCCCAGAUCCAUGUGGUGGACGGCCUGGUGAGCCAGAAUGGAGACCCUCUGGAAUCAGCACCACAAACAAACAGUGCAGGGGAAACGUGGCCAGCAACCCGUGCCACAGUGGUCACCACCACCACAGGGGUCAACGUAUCCCAGGCAGUGGUUGUGUCCUCGCCCACCACCACCACCACCACCAUUGCUGCCGUGCCACAAGUCCAGCAGAACCCAAGUGCAGGAGCCGCCACCACCGCCCCUACUGAUGGCAAUAACCAGGAGACCAGUAUCUUCAUUGAGGCCAUGGAAGCGAUCUUGAACUCUCAGAUGUAAUGGGUGCUGGCUGGCUGGCUGGAUGGAUGGGUGUGGCAGCGCUGGUGGGACUGAGCUCUCUGCUACCUUCUUCUAGUGCAUUAUACUGUAUCAUGGAUGUAAUAGACUAGUUUCAUCCUUUUCUCAUCUUCUGGGCAGCUGUGUGUGUGUGUGUGUGUGUGUGUGUGUGUGUGUGUGUGUGUGUGUGUGUGUGUGUUGUAACAAUCAUUUUUUCAUGCUGUAGUUUUGUAGGAGAAAUGCAGGUUAGUUGUAUGAUUAUUGUAAGGAUUUGACAAGAGGAUUCACUCAUUAUAUCUUGUGUGUUCCUCUCUCUCUCUCUCUCUCUCUCUCUCUCUCUCUCUCUCUCUCUCUCUCUCUCUCUCUCUCUCUCUCUCUCUCUCUCUCUCUCUC